CUGACUCUGUCUGACCUGAAUGGAACUGAACCUUCAUUAGUGUUGUCAUUGGUAACACCUGUGCUUCAUGUCAAACAAGUCCGAUAUAUGGAGGCCCCGUCCUGCUUACAAAGGUUUAGUAAAGAGGGAGGUGCCAUGGAAAAGCCGUGGUCAGAGUGAGGCAAGACGUGAGAAAAAAGAUAAUCUGAAGGCAUUCCGCGGCUUUGGCGCCCUCGUCUCGUUACGCAAGACAAAACAACAGCCACUGUGAAAGAAAAGCGUUUCGCACAAAAAUUGGAGAAAGAGGCAGAGCGGCAUGAAGAGGAGGACAUUUGACAGAUAAAAAGAGAGAGAGCUCUGCAGCAGGAUCCCCACCGUGCUGAACACAGGACUGCGUGACUGGUCUGUGCAAGCGCAUAGAGAGAGAGAGAGAGAGAGGAGAGAAGGUAGGGAAGGGGGGAGGGGAGGCAAUUCAGUGCAGUGCAAGCUGACUGGAUGAGUAGCAGCCGCGGCACAGGCAGCAGCAUCAGCACCACUAGCCGUAGCAUCUUUCUUUGUAGCUGCUGGAGGCUGUCUUGUGGCUGCCGUAGCAUCAACAUCACACACACACAUAUCCGGACACAGACACUCCUGCUGCUUGCCACACACACACACAUGUCGUGGUGGCCACCAGAGACGAGGUAGUAAGUGACGGGGCUCGGGGGAAAGAGGGACACAGGAAGAGGAAACAGGGACGACUAGUGGUAGCGCGAACGGGAGGAGGGCUGGAGCGACCGUGACUGGAGCAGCAGUGGCAACAGUACCAGCGGCACCAUGGCACAAGCCGCCAAGCAGCUCCGCAAGACCAAGGACCUUGCGGAGGCCGCCGCCCAGGAGCAGAGGGAGAAGGAGGAGCAGAAGCAAAAAAGGAGGAAUCGAUCAAGGGACCGCAGGCGCAGGGCCGAUGCAGCCACCAGCUUUCUGCGUGCAGCUCGUUCAGGGAACCUGGACAAGGCUCUGGAUCACAUCAAGAAUGGAAUCAACAUUGACACCGCUAAUCAAAAUGGUCUCAACGGGUUACACCUAGCCUCUAAAGAAGGUCACGUUAAAAUGGUCCUGGAGCUGCUACACGCGGGCAUUGAGCUGGAAGCCACUACCAAGAAAGGGAACACAGCUCUCCAUAUCGCAGCGUUGGCAGGGCAGGAGAAAGUUGUGGCUGAGCUUGUCAACUAUGGUGCCAACGUUAAUGCCCAGUCACAUAAAGGGUUCAGUCCUCUCUACAUGGCAGCACAGGAGAAUCAUUUAGAGGUGGUCAAAUUCCUGCUCGAGAAUGGAGCCAAUCAGAGUCUCCCAACCGAGGAUGGCUUCACUCCGUUGGCAGUAGCCCUCCAGCAAGGGCACGAAAACGUUGUGGCACUGCUCAUCAACUAUGGCACCAAGGGCAAGGUUCGACUCCCGGCACUGCACAUCGCUGCACGAAAUGACGACACACGCACAGCCGCAGUGCUUCUGCAGAAUGACCCCAACGCUGAUGUUCUCAGCAAGACUGGUUUCACACCUCUUCAUAUUGCAGCCCACUACGAGAAUAUGAGCGUAGCCCAGCUGCUGCUGAACAGAGGAGCCAAUGUAAACUUCACCCCCAAGAAUGGCAUCACACCCCUUCAUAUAGCCUCCAGGAGGGGCAAUGUGAUGAUGGUCAGACUACUGCUGGACAGAGGUGCACAGAUCGAUGCCAAAACCAAGGAUGAGCUAACUCCUCUCCACUGUGCAGCCAGGAAUGGUCAUGUUCGCAUCAUUGAAAUCCUGCUGGAACAUGGUGCUCCCAUCCAGGCUAAGACCAAGAACGGUCUGUCCCCCAUCCACAUGGCAGCUCAGGGGGAUCACAUGGACUGCGUCAGGCAGCUACUGCAGUACAAUGCUGAGAUUGAUGAUAUCACUCUGGACCAUUUAACCCCUCUUCAUGUAGCAGCCCACUGUGGUCAUCAUCGUAUGGCCAAAGUCCUACUGGACAAGGGAGCCAAAGCCAAUGCACGCGCUCUGAAUGGCUUCACACCUCUUCAUAUUGCUUGCAAGAAGAACCACAUGCGGUCCAUGGACCUGCUGCUUAAGCACUCUGCUUCGCUAGAAGCUGUCACAGAGUCUGGUCUCACUCCUCUUCAUGUAGCAGCAUUCAUGGGCCAUCUUAACAUAGUGAAGAACCUGCUCCAGAGAGGGGCUUCACCUAAUGCUUCCAAUGUGAAAGUAGAGACUCCCCUUCACAUGGCUUCCAGAGCAGGACACUGUGAAGUCGCUCAGUUCCUGCUGCAGAAUGCAGCUCAAGUGGACGCUAAGGCUAAGGAUGACCAGACACCCCUACACUGUGCGGCCCGCAUGGGCCACAAGGAGCUUGUCAAGCUGCUCCUUGAGCACAAGGCCAACCCUGACUCAGCUACAACUGCAGGCCACACACCCUUACACAUCUCUGCACGUGAAGGACAUGUCCACACUAUUCGAAUCUUGCUGGAUGCUGGAGCACAGCAGAUCAAGAUGACAAAGAAAGGCUUCACUCCUCUCCAUGUGGCCUCUAAAUAUGGGAAGGUAGACGUGGCUGAGCUCCUGCUGGAGAGAGGAGCCAACCCGAAUGCAGCUGGGAAGAACGGUCUGACACCCCUUCAUGUGGCCGUCCAUCACAACAACCUGGAUGUUGUUAAACUUCUGGUCAGCAAGGGAGGAUCUGCACACAGCACUGCGCGAAAUGGCUACACUCCCCUGCACAUAGCAGCCAAGCAGAACCAGAUGGAGGUGGCGAGUUGUCUGCUGCAGAAUGGGGCAACACCCAAUGCCGAGUCCCUCCAAGGCAUCACGCCCCUACACCUGGCUUCACAGGAGGGGCGGCCUGAUAUUGUGGCACUGCUCAUCUCCAAACAGGCCAACGUGAAUCUGGGAAACAAGAAUGGAUUGACUCCUCUGCAUCUUGUGGCUCAGGAAGGUCAUGUGGGAAUCGCUGACACAUUGGUCAAACAAGGAGCCUCUGUAUACGCUGCCUCACGUAUGGGCUACACACCCCUUCAUGUGGCCUGUCACUAUGGCAACAUAAAGAUGGUGAAGUUCCUUCUGCAGCAGCAGGCCCAUGUGAAUAGCAAGACAAGGAUGGGCUACACCCCUCUGCACCAGGCAGCUCAGCAGGGCCAUACCGACAUUGUCACCCUGUUGUUGAAACACGGAGCCCAGCCCAAUGAUAUUACUUCGAAUGGGACAUCUCCCCUGGGUAUUGCUAAGCGUCUGGGUUACAUCUCUGUCAUCGAUGUGCUGAAACUGGUUACCGAGGAGUCUGUCUCCGCGAUCACUACAGAGAAGCACCGGAUGAGUUUUCCUGAGACAGUAGAUGAGAUUUUGGAUGUUUCAGAGGAUGAAGGGGUUGCCCAGCUAACCUUAGGUGACGAGUUGCUCGGGAUGGAUGGAGCACGCUAUUUGAAGCUUGAUGACUUCAAGGAUCAGGACGAUGACUUCCUCUCCCCAAAGAAAACCCUGAGAGACUUUGAAGGUGGCAUGGGUACCACGCCAUAUUCUCCUGCUAUUCCAAGGAUCCCUUGUGUGUCCCCAGAAACUGUACUACUGGAUCAGCACACCCCCAUCCCUCUGCCAAAGGAGUAUGACGAAGACUCUCUUAUCCCGAGCAGUCCGGCUACAGAGACUUCAGACAACGUCAGCCCUGUGGCUAGCCCCAUUCACACUGGCUUCCUGGUGAGUUUCAUGGUGGACGCUCGAGGAGGCUCCAUGCGAGGCAGCCGACACCAUGGCCUGCGCGUCAUCAUUCCUCCUCGAACGUGCACCGCCCCGACCCGCAUUACUUGCCGUCUGGUCAAACCUCAGAAACUGACCACACCUCCUCCAUUGGUGGAGGGGGAGGGGCUAGCAAGCCGUAUCAUCUCCCUAGGGCCAUCCAGUAUGCAGUUCCUUGGGCCUGUAAUUGUAGAAAUCCCCCAUUUUGCCUCACUGGCACGAGGGGACCGUGAGCUUGUGGUCCUCCGCAGUGAAAAUGGCUCGGUCUGGAAGGAACAUCGCAAUCGCUACGGCGACGAAGUGCUGGAAACUAUUCUGAAUGGCAUGGAUGAAGACUUGGAGAGUCAAGACGAGCUGGAGAAGAAGAGAAUCCGUCGAAUCAUCUCCACCGACUUCCCUCUAUAUUUCGCUGUAGUCUCCCGUGUUCAGCAAGAGAGCGAUCUGAUUGGUCCAGAGGGUGGCAGGCUGACCACUAAGUUGGUACCCCACGUCGAGGCCAUCUUCCCUGAGACGGCUGUCACUAAGAAAGUGAGAUUGGGCCUGCAGGCGCAGCCAAUCCCUGAUGAACUGCUGACUCGACAGCUCGGUAACCAGGCGACCUUCAGCCCAGUGGUUACCAUCGAGCCACGCCGACGCAAAUUUCACCGUCCAAUUGGGUUGCGGAUCCCUUUGCCACCAUCCUGGAGGGAGAGUCCUCGGGAUGCUGGGGAGGGUGAUACCACCAGCUUGCGCCUCCUGUGUAGUGUCAUUGGUGGCACAGCACCAGCUCAGUGGGAGGACAUCACCGGAACCACUAAGCUGAUGUAUGCCAACAACUGCGCUAACUUUACCACUAAUGUUUCUGCAAGAUUCUGGCUGGCAGACUGUCCACGCACGGCAGAAGCAGUGACCUUUGCCAAUUUGCUGUACCGGGAGCUGAUGUCUGUCCCAUAUAUGGCCAAGUUUGUUGUUUUUGCAAAGAUGAAUGAGGCGCGAGAGGGACGCCUACGUUGUUACUGCAUGACAGACGACAAGAUGGACAAAACGCUGGAGCUGCAUGAAAACUUCACCGAAGUGGCCCGCAGUCGAGACAUUGAGCUGAUGGAGGGCAUGCCGCUGCACCUUGAGUGUUCUGGGAACCUAGUGCCGAUCAGGAAGGCCACCCAGCAGCCUCGCAGCUUCAGCUUCCAGGCCUUCAGAGAUAACAGGCUGCCUGUCUCCGUCAAGGUCAGAGAUAGUAACAAGGAGGCCGCUGGGUUUUUAUCAUUUCUGCGGAAGUGCACCAAGUACGAGGACACACAGCAUGUACUGUGUAACCUUAACAUAACCAUGCCACCAUGUGUCAAGGUUGUUGGAAGUGAGGAGCGUAGGCGAACUUUAACGCCUCUUGCCCUGAGGGAACGCUACAGUGCACUAAACGAGCCUGGUGUGGCCACAGUGAAUGCCAUGGAGAGGACUGAGCUCAAGAUCAACAUCAUAUCUGAGCAGCUGGGUUUGAGCUGGGCAGAGUUGGCACGGGAGCUUCAGUUCAGUGUGGACGACAUCAAUAGGAUCCGUGUGGAGAAUCCCAACUCCCUCCUUGAUCAAAGUUCUGCUCUGCUCAACUUGUGGGCCAGCAGAGAAGGCAAAAGGGCCAAGAUGGAGAGCCUGUACACCGCUCUGAAAAACAUUGAUCGUGCAGACAUUGUAACCUCUCUGGAGGGUCAGGCUCCACAGCCAGCAGCAGGUUCUUUAGAGGAGGGUGCCUGUCGACUCAGCGACCGUGACUCCAGCCUGCUGUCCCCCAGUGUCAUUAAUGAGGUCACGGACACAAGGCCACCGCGCCUAGUGCGCAAGCCACGAGUUAUUAGACCCCCGUUUUUCAGAAGGGGUUAUGGGCUGGUGCAGGAGGAGCUGCUGUCGCCGGCCUCUUUGCAGUACAGCUUGCCCUCUCCGCUCGGCGCGGAGCCCUACUGGCAAGAAGUUUCCAGCCUCGAGUGCGCCCCCAUCGCCACCACCGAGGAAGACACAUUAAUGGAGAUCAUGGACGUUCAGGUGUGGCCAGCAGGGGUCAGCCCCUCGCUGGUUCCAGUGGAAGACUCAUCAAUGGAGGGCAGCAGUCGGGCUGAUGACUCGGAGGGCGCCACGCUCUCUCUUCCGUGCAGCUUGGGUCGCCCAAGCAGCGGAGCAAGCGGGGCCAGUGGCUCCAUCAUGGAACUGGAGGAAGAGGAGGAGGAUGAGGAGGAGGAAGGGGAAGUGGAGGAAGAGGAGGAAGAGGAGGCGCCACAGGAGCUAGCAAUUGCGCUGGCAGAAAGGGACAGGGUGAGGGCCAGUGGCGCUGUCCCCAAGGUCAACCUAAACGGGCAGCUGGGAGGUCAGAGGUCGGAUGGGAGGAGAGGGGAGGCCCUCGCAGCAGGAGGAGGAGCAAAAGGGGGAGGUGGAGGUGUAGGGCUGGGUUCAGUGGAAGGGAUUUCUGUUGUUGCAGGCCAACAGGUGUAUGCCCAGCUGUGUGAGAUGUCAGGACUGAGUCGGGAUGCAGAGCAUAAUGGAGAUAACCGAGUGAUGGGAGGCGGAGCGUUUCAACCUUACUUACCAGACAAGGAUUCCCUCCAGGGCUGGAUGGGCUCGGUGUCAUCAGGAUGUGACGUGCCAGGCUUGCGCGUGGCCCAGGAGGCUCUGCUGACUCCGGGAGAGGAGAAAGAAGACUAUGCUGCUGAGGCGCAGUUUGUUUCUGAACAAGGAAAUGCGCUCGCUCGAAAGGUGGGGGUGGAUGUGAGAAAGGGCGCUCAGUCAGUGCAGCCCACCAGUCUGCGGAGGGUUAAUCACUGAAAUACACAUACUACCCAGUCCUCCAGGACCGGAAAGCCACUGCCAAAUCAUCCUCCACAAAAUCACAACCAGACCGCAGAGGAAAAUGAGCAAGUGACUAGAGGAAGUAAGGAGUAAGACAAAGACUAAAAAGUGCAAACUACAAAAUGACAAACACAAAAUCAUCCUCAACGUGUGACCAUGGAGCGCCACAAAAGAAAAGAGACAGAGGAAAGGGGGAAAAAAAGAGGAGUUCAACUUGUAGUUUUAUAACAUUUGUAAAGAAAAAUAUCAACUAGACUAAGGCAUGAUGAUUCUUUUUUUACAAAAAAAAACAUAAAUGUCAGUAAAACAACCAAGAAAAAAAAGCAACAAAAAGUGCUUCCUGUGAACUGUAAUCGCAUGAUGACUGCUGGUGCAUGCCCUUUGACCUUUUGAACUGUCAUUAUCUACAAACUGAAGGGGUACGAGGUACGGGGCUGGCCCGCACUUGGGCUGCAGGCCAUUUUAAGGACCUUAUCCCCCCCCCCCAACUGGAGUGGCAAGCAAGUUGAGUCCAAUAACACUACAGCCAAAAAAAGAAGUCCCUCAAUGGAUGAUUCUGUAUACAGCUAAGCCUCUGCUGAGCCUACCAAUGCUUCUUUCACUGGACCCUUUCCCCUAUUAUUCUCAAUGUGAUAUAUGCACUCUAUGCUAUGUGGACAUGUGUCAGUGUGUGUAUGUGUGCGUAUGUGCGCGUGUAUUCUUCUUCUACCGCAUGUGUUUCUUGCUUCUGGCUUGGCGCUGAGCCCUGCCCCAUGAUUGGCUCGCUGCCCCUGUGAUGUCAUGGCACGCUCAGUGCUGGAACUAGAAAGCCGCUGUGCUCCCCUGCUGGUGAGUGUUCCUGUCUGCGUGCGCUGGCGUCUCUUCUUUUUGUGGAUGAAGCUCGUUCCUUGUUAUCCGUUCCUUUAAAAAUCUGUCCACCUUGGUUUUAAGCAUUGUCUAACCCUCACUAGGGAGCUGAAACUCUUUUCAACCCCUCAUGUUUUCAGGGGAAAUGUGUUUUUCAGACAACGAGGAAUGUUUUCUUUGGAUAUGGGUUGGUCGCUUGAUUGCAUUGUGCAGCAGCUCUGCAAGACAAAGAUGGACGUUUUCCUCCCUCGUGACCUUUUCUACCUUCUUCCGUCAUUUCUCCCAGUAGCGCACGUCAUCUUCACCCACCUUGAUUAGUAGCCUCAGUCAAUAUGCAGUAAAAUAACAAGCCUCUCCAUCAGCAUAUCUAGCUCCUCCAUCUGAUGUUUCAAACUUUGUGUGUGCGACCCUCUUUAUCUGUUUGCAACGGCUGUCGAAUAUUGGUUCGUUCAUUUGAAACAGAGUGAAUGAAGUGGAGAACUCAUGGAGUAUCUUAUUCAUGUGAGGAUGUAGUGAUCUGGAGGAUUCCUAGUUAUGGUAGCAAGCGUAAAAUAGCAAGAUGCUAUUGAUUGCGAUAGGAACUGUGCAGUGAGGACAGACAGGUAGCACUGUGAUUGUCUUAUUAACACUGACCCCAGACUCGUGAACUGUGAAGACACACAAACAUUCAUAUAUACAAACAAAAAGCACACACACACACACACACAUCCAGAAACACAUUACAUCAUUAAAUAAGUAUUGCCUGGUCAGAGUGUCAGAUAGUCUUUUGGAGUUUGCUACAGCAAUAAUACUUAACAACAAGAGCACAGAAGAUGGGGUUCUGUAUAUCUACAUGAAGGAUUUGAAGCUGAAAGGUGUAACUGACUGCACUCAGUGAACGCAGAAACUCCAUCUGGACCAACAGCAGUCGAGUUUGACAUUGGGCUGUAUUUGACUGCUCCCAUCGACCUUGAUGGGAAUGAGUCAGAGGAUGCACUGACGUUAGAUCAGAUGACUCAGCUGUAGCAGUGUGGGACUGCGGAGGCCUGAGAGGGAUUCUUUGUUUUUCAGCACUUAACGUAGCAAAAUAUAAAACCAGGAUAUGUUAACUUAAUACACUGAUACCUAUUAAGGAGUCUGCUGCUGCUGUAAGGUGGAAACCACUGAACUCCAUGUUUUUUUUUCCCUGAGUAAUUUAAGUUGUCGUUUUAAGUGUUUCACAAUUUAAAAAAGAAAAAAAAAAUACACUGGCAUCACUGUAACCCUGUCACUCCCUUCAUCUCUGAAACAUUUACUUUAUGCAGAAACCUGACGGCAGCGUUAUGAAAGGGUCAUAUCAUAGUAGCACGCAUUUCCUGGAAAUCGAAACACAAUAUUUAAGUACUGUAAAUGCUACUGUAGCCUGAAUGACUGAUACAACAAACGAAUGAAUGAAUGAACACAUUAGGUACACAUCACACAAAUGCACAUAUUUUCCAUGCCCUGUCCAUGCACAUGAGAGCCUCAUCCGAUAUAGCACGUUUUCAAUUACAUAUCACAUGUUUUCCACUGUUACUCCACUCAGGUUUUCAGUUCUGCUCUGUCAGAAUAAAAAAAAAAUCUUUUUUUUUUUUUUAAGUUCUGAGUCCUCCUCUCAAAAGACAAGUGUGGGACACAAAGUAAGUGCUUCACAACAAGACUUUGGUGUUGGGGUGGGAUGGGGAUUCGCGGGGUGGGGGAUUGGUUGAACGUAUGAAGCAGGAUGGUAAAAGUGUUUGUGAGUGCAUGUGUGUGUUUAUGUGUGGUGGGGAGCUCUUUGACUCAAACAAGACCAAAAAGGACACACAGUAUUGAGGAUGUAGUCAGUAACCUACUGCUCAUCUUCUGGGGAGACAAUUGACCUCUGUCAAUGUGAACAAAAAUGAACCCAACAGGUUUUGGUGAAGCACUGCUCCCUAUUUAAAGGACUGUUUAGCAUCUCCUGUGGGCUGCUAGACAAAACACAGUCCUUAAGAUAUUUUGAUUUCUUACUGAAGCAGCUUUUCUCUUAAAGUCGGCUUUAAUUGUGAGCCUUGAAUCCACCAAGGACAAACAAGACACCGUCUCUUUAUAGUUAUACUGUGUCUACACUCUUAACUAGAAUGAAUGAUGCAGUUGACAGCUUUUGAAUGAUGGAGGCCACUGAUUCCCUCAAUCUCUAAUGUUAGACUAUUAAUUAGUCUCUAUUUGACAUCUUGUACUGUUUCACCACAAGAAAGAGAUUUAGGCGUUUUACAGAAGAUAAAUGACUUCCUGUUCUGUUAAAGUCAUAAUCCUUCAGAUUUUCAUCACAUCACACACAUUUUUAUUCUCUUUAAGACAUUUUCUCACUAACAGUCAUUAAAUGUACAGUAUUUGCUUGGGGAAUUGGAUCUCUGCAGUGGCGGAGUCCGCCUCCUCACGUGGGAUAUAAAAUGUGUACCCACAGCAGACGAUGCUUCCAUGUGCUGGACGUGAUGCAAAAAAUUCAAUCAGUAUUAGUGAGUAGUAAAACCGUUGACCGCCUUCUGAAUGAAUUUUAACAGCUAUCUAACAUACUGUUUGUUUGGUCGCACUUUAAAUAGAUCCACAGUUGCUUUUUUUGUAAUUUCUGACAUAGUACCAUACACCAAGACCCUAGAUACCAUGAAACAUGAGUGUGCAGAAAGCUUUAAAAUAUAUUCAGACUAUCAUGUAGGAGAUCAAAUUUAUGAAAGUAUUGGAUAUCACACUAUAAUAGAUAAAUGUGAUUUUCUUUGGUGGGUAAUAAAAAGCUUUUAUUAGAUGAUAGGUCAGUAGGGAAAACCUCGGCUUUUCUAAAUAUCCUGACUUUGGCCCCGAUAGCCCCUCAAAGCAAGUUUGCCAUUAAUAACCACAGAUGCUUCCAAAUCUUAAGGAUUAUAACUUAAACUUUGAGUCAAAGACCAGAUACUGAUCCAUUUUAAACUCUUAGUGAAAUUAUGUAUUAAGUAGUUUUAUUCUGUUUCCAGUCUGGUAGAUUUUUAGGAUUUUAACAAACACAAUUUGGAUUUUCAGUCUGAAUUAAACUAGUUAGUGACAGUCUUCACUAUGAUGAAUUCAACUCCACCAUGUUUGUGUUGUAUUCAAAGUGUGCGUGCGCGUGUGUGCAUGUGUGAUGGUGCCGGUUGGAUCUGGGGGAAGAAGAAGAAAAUUUAAACCGGGCUUGUGGCAUGAGAGGACGUGUAACCUACGACAAUGUAUUUAAAAAAAAAAAAA